AUAAAUAUCUACAUUGUUAUUAUUCUGUUUUUGGAUCGAAAAUUUCAUUUCUUCUGUUUUUGUGUUGUUUAUUCUUGUUCUUAUUUUUAAAUCUGUAAAAUCUAAAGUACAAAAUUCAAUCAUCUGUGUUAUCAACGAGUUAAAUUCAAUUUAUUUGUUUGAAUUUGAAUCUCUUACAACAAAAAAAAACAGUUCAAACUAAUAAGAAGAAACUUUGCAUUCGUACACACACACACCCUAAAAAUAACAAUUAUUGAAGAAGAAAAAAGACAAUUAUAAAUUGAAAAUUUAAAAAAAAAAUGGGAAGAAAAAAGAUACAAAUAUCUCGCAUCACUGAUGAACGUAACCGUCAGGUUACAUUUACAAAACGAAAAUUUGGUCUAAUGAAAAAAGCAUAUGAAUUAAGUGUACUAUGUGAUUGUGAGAUUGCCUUAAUCAUAUUUAAUAGUACAAAUAAAUUAUUUCAAUAUGCAAGUACUGAUAUGGAUAAAGUAUUAUUAAAAUAUACUGAAUAUAAUGAACCACAUGAAAGUCGUACAAAUAGCGAUAUUGUUGAGGCAUUAAAUAAAAAAGAACAUAAAGGAUCAUCAAAUGGUUGUGAUAGUCCUGAACCGGAUGAUUCACAAUAUACAUUAACACCGAAUCGUAAUGAAAAUAAAUAUAAAUUAAAUGAUGAUUUUGAGCUAAUGAUGCAACAACGUAAUUCGCAUAUCAAUGGCAAUAGAUCAACACCAACCGGAUUAACGUCAAGUGGUGGUGGUGGUGGCGGUAACGGUAAUCUAACACAAAUUCCCAUCAAUUUAAAUUCAUUAAAUUCAUCAUCUCCAUAUGCGCCUCAAGAUUCUAGUCUGUUACAAACACAGCAAUUAUCACCUCAUUCAUCAUGUGUUAGUCCAAGACCAAGUUCAUCUGGCGCAAUGAUUGAAUUAACAAGUAAUACGUCAACAACAACAGCGGCAACAAAUGGUUAUCAUCAUCGUUCAUGUUCACCAUCUGGUAAUAAUAAUAAUAAUAGUAAUUCACCGAAUCUUUUAAAAUCAUCAAUGGAUAAUCAUCAUCAUCAUAAAUCAAUUACGAAUGGAAAUAAUCAAAAUAAUGGUGGACAAACGACGACAACGACAACGACGAAUAAUAAUAAUAAUAAUCGUGGAGGCAAUAAUAAUAUGUCAAGAAAUAUUGUCAUGUCAAAUUCGCAUGCAAAUAUGAAUCAUCGCAAUCUAAAUGGUACACAACAACAGAAUCUAACAUCAUUAUCACAAUCGAUUCAGGGUAUGACUAGUGGUGGUGGUGGUUAUCCGUCCUCAUUAUCAUCGUUUGUUACAAAUGAUUUUCAAAAUAUUAAUCAUGAAUUAGCAUUAGCAAGCUUUAAUUCGUCUGGUCUAUUACCGAAUUGGUCGACACAUUCAUUAGCUGGAGGUAAUGUUGGUGGUGGUGGUUUAAGUCUUUCACAUCCGAGUUCAUCAUUACCACAUUUAUCAGUGAGUAGUAGUACACCACCACCAUCAUCAACAUCACCAUUAUCGAUGAAGAUAAAAAAUGAGCCAAUAUCACCACAACGUCAUGAACAAUCAACAACAUCAACGAAUGGUGGUCAACAACAACAAAAUGUUCAUAAUAGCCAAACAACACAACAAUCAUCAUCACAACAAUCAUCAUCAGCAUCAGCAGCUACACAACAAACAACAACAUCACAUCAAUUGGCAACAUUACAACGGCCACCAACAUCCGGUAAUCAACAAUCAGGUCAUUUAUCACCAGGACAUCCAUUAACACCAUCAACAUCAUCAUCUCCUGAUCCAUCGGGUAGUUCUGAUUAUGAAGGACCUAUUGGUAAACGUAUACGUGUUACUGCUGAUGGUUGGCCUGCUUGAUUCUUUUAUCAUUUUUUUUUUGUUUUGUUUUUCUCUAUUUUUUUUCUCUCUCUCUCUCUCACAAACACACACACAAACAUAUUCAUUCAUCAUCUGUUAUUGAUAAAAUCA